AUGCAAGCAUGGCAAGUAGUCGACGUUGAGGGUUGCCUCUACUAUGCCUUCCUUCCAGCAAAUCAAACGCCAAAGCUCUCAGAACGCGAGAAAACGAUCUCAAAGUCAACCGACGAUAUCAUGAAGAACAGCGAAGACUCGGACGAAAUUUUCAUGAUUCCAGCCGAGGACGACAUGGGUGACAACAGUAUGUGCGCGAUAAAAAUAAAGAAAGAGGAUAUGGAUGAAGUUUCAUCCGCGAACGAGGAACAUUAUGACGACACCAAAGUAUACGCUUGUGAAGAGUGCAAUAUUUGCUUUCCGGUAAUGCAGAUGCUGAAACGACACAGAAACGCGGUCCACGAGCAGGCUCAACGUUACAAGUGUAAAGUUUGCUUCAAGAUAUGUCGUAGCCUGGUCGCGUUCAAGAUGCAUGUAGCCUUGGAGCACAAAACAGAGGAAGAAGAAGUAAAGGACGCGGAGAGUCUGACUUAUGCUUGCAACUUUUGCAACUAUGAAAGCACCAACAAGUCUACCCUUCACUCUCACAUUAGCAGGAAACAUUCGACGAAACGUAUAAGCAGGAGAAGAAGCAGUUACAGGUACACGACCGAACCAGAAGAGUAUUCCUGUGAUGUUUGCGAGUUCAAAUGCCAGAAUCGACGUAGAUUAAAAGAACACCUAGAACGCAAACAUGCGUCGGAGUAUAAGUACGACUGCGAAUAUUGCGGGAAAAAGUUCAAGGUAAAGGGCGAUAUGAGGCUACAUGUCCGUUUUAAACACAAAGAAGGACCUAUAGUCUGCGACGUCUGUGGGAAGACCUGCUCGAACAGUAAUUCCCUGUACGUGCACCAAAAGUGGGCACAUUUCAAGCCAAAGUACGAGUGCGAGAUCUGCAAGAGACGUAUGGUCACUCAGGAGAACCUCGACCAACACAUUUUAUUGCAACACGAGAGACGAGAGAGUUUUGUCUGUGAAGAAUGUGGCAAGUCAUUCACUGAGAAUCACCGAUUGAAACAGCACAUGAUGACUCACACCGGUGAUAGACCAUACGAUUGUCACAUUUGUGGUAAAGCCUUCGCACGUCGCACAGCCUACAGACAACAUUUGCUCAUCCACACGGGCAAACGACCAUAUAUCUGUGAUAUUUGCGGUAAAACGUUCACGCAGAAGCCCGGCCUGAUUUGUCACCGGAAAUCGCAUCCCGGUGUCCAUCCUCCGUUACCAGUUGUCCACAUAGAACAUAUCCUUAGCGACUUCAUGAAGAAAGAAUGA